AUGAUAUCCAAUGCAGUGUGGUUCUGGUCAUUACUUCUCUUGCUGAUUCCAUCAUUCUUCUGUCUGUUAUUUGUUCUCUUCAAUCUUCUUUUCGAUCGAACUCUUCGUUAUGCUCUUCAUAAUCAUGCCAUCAUCAUCAUUCUCAUCAUCGAUCUCAUCAAUGAACUCACAAUAUAUCCAUGGAUGAUCUAUUUCUAUUACAACGAUGGUGUUUGGGAAGGAAGAUCGAUGAUAUUUUGUAAGAUCUGGUCAUUUAUUGACUGGGGACUAUUUCUCACACAUACAAUACUCUUUGCUUGGGCUACCAUCGAAAGACAUAUUCUGAUAUUUCACGAGAAAUGGGUAUCAACACGAAAGAGACGUUUCUUUGUUCACUAUCUCCCAAUCAUCAUCCUUCUUCUCUAUUGUAUUGUGUACAAUAUCAUCUUGGAUUUCUUUCCACCAUGUGAAAACGUUCUCAAUGAUUACGCAAACUGCUUGAUUUCAUGUCUCUAUAACACAGCAGCAUUGAGCACGUACGAUGUAAUAGUUCAUCAGAUGGCUCCCAUUUUGACAAUAGUUGUGUUUAGUAUUGCGUUGUUGAUACGUGUUAUAUGGCAGAAGCGCCAUAUUCAACAAACGAUCCAAUGGCGAAAGUAUCGAAAGAUGGCAACCCAGUUAUUGUCAAUAUCGUUUCUUUACCCGGUAUUGAUUCUUCCUCUCACAUUUUCCUACAAUCUCUUGGUGUAUGUUGUAACAUCAGAUGUACUAUAUGAUUUCUACCUGUAUACAGUGUUUUUCAGUUAUUUUCUGUUGCCACUUUUUCCUUUUGUUUGUACUCUGUCAUUGCCUGAACUUCGACAGAAGCUCGUCAAAGUUCUGUGUUUUCGACGACCACCUCGACGUGUCGGCAUUGAGGUGUUGAAUGCAGGAACCAAGGGAAAUCGACAAAAAACAAAUCCAUAG